AAUUACCCAUGGUACAUUAGUUGUCCGCCAUCUUGUCUGUAUAUUCCGCUGAGAUGGAAACAUGAGGACGUGCAGGUGGUGUCCUGACAACUACCGACGAUAAUUCUUCCUUCCGUCCUUACCCGCGGAAAGGGGCGGUACGCCUCUUGUUCUGAGUAAUCCAGAGUUUUCUUAGCGGCCGGAGAAAAAAAAUGGCACAUCGUCAAGGGUACGGGCAGAACUUCGCACAAGGGCAGGCGGCGAACCAGCGGCUCUGGUCGGGAGCGGUGAGCCCGAACGGCCAAGGCGGCAUCGCGAGUAGCCUGCUCGGGGCCGUACCGGGAGGGACCAGCAUGGAACAGCUCGCAGUCAUCGCCAAAGUACUAGGGAACACUAUGCAGGCCAGCCAGCUCCAAAAUAUAAACUUCCAGGCGGCCAGCUCGGCUUUACAGAUGCAGCGCAACAUGGCGCAACAGCAGGGCGGCCUCGCCGGGCUGGCCUCGGUGCCCAACGCGCUGGGAGCCGGCCUGCUCGGGAACGGUCCCGCUGGGCUCGUAGGGAACCAGUCCGCUAGCGUCCUGGCCAACGCUAACUUCCAACAGCAGCAGCGACAGCUUCUCUUGCAACAGCAGCAACAGCAGCAACAGACUAGCCUGUUAGGAACCCCGCCACAGCAGCGGUAUCAGAACGUGCAACAACAAGCCCGUAGGAACAACAAAAGAAACAAUGCGCAGAGAAGCCGCUACCCGAGCGGUGGAGACCGCGGGAGGAGCGGGAGCUGGAGCCGCGACCGGAGGACGCCGGAGUCAGACCAGCGGAGUGACGAGGGGAGGAGAGAGGAGGAGGAUGGUCCAGAGGUGAAGAGAUCCAGGGUGGACGCCACUGCCUACGAUCCAUCAGACCCUACACCUGACGAUGAUGAUGUUAGAAAUGCGGACCAGGUGCCUGCAGGAAGUGACAUCCAGGUGACCAUCCAGCAGGGUGGGGAGGGCAGGACAGUCAACGACGACAGGCCAGGACAACAGAGCCCUGAACAGCAGAAGAUCUACAUAUGUUACGCCUGCAAUGCCAAGUGCUACAAUCUUAGGAACUACGAGGCCCACAUGACCGGGAACCGCCACAGGCAGCGCAUGCUGAAGAUCCAGGAGUUCACCCAGAUGAGGGUUCAGCAGGCCACGGCGCACAUGCAGGCCAGGAUGAAGGCAGAGCAGCACCUCCGCAAGAUCGAGGGGCAGGGGCUGGGCUCUGGGGCUGGGUCGGGAUCGGGAUCGGGAUCAGGAAGGCAUAGCAGUGGGAAAGGUAACCAGAGAAAGCCGAGCACCAAGCUGGAGAAACACUGGUGUGAUACCUGCAAAAUCAACUUCUACGGACCAAUCGUGGAGCACAGACGUACCAAGGACCACAAGAAAAGCAAGAAGUCCUCUAGGCCCGCCUGUCAUCUGUGCAAGGUGCAGUUUAAGAGUCCUAAGAAAAUGGUGGCACACUGCAACACUGAGGAACAUAAGGCUAAGUUCCGUGAUGCCCAGGAGCGGAAGAAGACCGGCCGUGACGAGGAGUGGUUCCCAGACAACCCUGAGGAGAUGGUGACGGUGGAUGCUGUGGGAUGCUUCGACAGUGAUGAUGAAGACAUGGUAGACAAUAAGGAGGCUGGAGAGGAAGAUUUCAAGGAGGUGUUUGAGAGCAAUGGAGACAAACUUCCCGACACCAUAGAAGAUGGUGAGGAGGACGUAUCAGGAGACAUUCCAGCUGAAGACGCUGAUGUGCAGCCCAAGAUGGAGGAGGAGGAGUUCUCGUUGGCAGACCUGCCUACUCAAGACGUGGAUCUCAGGCAGAUGACGGGACCUCCUCCCGUGGUCACCAACCUACAAAACCAACUUCAAGCUACAGAAGAAAUGCAGGAUGAACAAGCACAGGACAGUGUUGUUAACACAACACCAGCGUCCCCUACACCAGAGACAACACCAAUGGAAGAGGGGAACAUGGCUCAGGGUAAGGUGGGGACUGAAGGCACUGCAAGUCAACCUCAAGAGAUGGGAAAUCUGCAAACUGAAGAAAUAGAGAUGAAUGGUGAGAAGAACAGUUUGCAAACUGAAGUGCAACCUGGAGAAGAGACUUUAGAGAAGUCUUCAGAGAUGAAAGUUGAAGAAAACAAAGAGCAGGUAGCCGCACAUGUUGCAGAGGAUGCCACAUCUACAGAAUCAAAAGAAACAUCGCAGAUCCAAGUAAUGGAUGAGGAGAACAAUGCCAAGGUUCAGAGGGAAGAAUCGGAAGCUUCAGCACAGGCACAGGGUACAGAAAACACCACAGCACUUCAAACAGAAGAGACGGUGCACGCACAAGCAGAGAGUGCAACUACAACCCAAACAGAACCUACAACAGAAGCACAAGUACUGGAAGUCCAAAACACUGCGCUGAUCCAAACCAAGGAUACAUUACAUGCACAACCACAAAGUGUGAAUAACACAACUAAUGUAGAUGCCAUGGAAGAAACACAAGCAGAGGCACCUGAGGAAGUUGUAGAGGAACUGCUCCUACCGCCAUAUGAUCCUGACUGUGCUGUAGGUCAGGAGUUUGUGAUCCCGAUUACCGGCUACUUCUGUAAGCUGUGCCACAAGUUCUACAAGAAUGAGGCUUCUGCCAUUGUCGGCCAUUGCAAGUCACAACUGCACUAUGACAAUGUUAAGGCAGAACUGGAGAAAUCCAUCUGUGUAGAGGACAGAACAUGUGUCAAAGGCUCCAGUACAACCUCUGAUGUAGAACCUUCAGCCUCCUCUGAUGAAGCAUCAUCCUUCAGCACAAAGCAGAGUAGACAUCCACAGUCAUCCACGCAGGCCUCUGCAGCAGGGAUGGAGGAGGACUCAGGUCUGGCAGUGGAAUCAGGAAGGGGAACAGAUCAUCGUGACGAUGAUGUGACACCACAGAUGGAGUCAACAUCUUCUGCUGCUGCUGGAGAAGUGUGGCCAACAACUGCGAGCAACGUGCAAGCUUACAACAUAUCCAGUCUGAUGGACAGUCCGGGCUUCGAGGUCAUGGAAGUCCAGGACAACAGUCCAGUCGAUGCAGCAAUGAACAUCAGAAUAGUGGACAGUUUUUCUCUGAGCUUCGAUGCAGACAAAACUGUGGAUGGUUUGGGUCACGGAGAUGAGAGUGAUGCCAAGCAAUUGAUGGACACAACAGUUAGGAACACGGAGGAUGUUGAUGAUGGAUCGGGGAACGCAAAGGUACCCCGAGCCGGCACGCCUAGCCUCAUGAGUGAGAUAGAAGAGUAUCUGACAGAAAGCUGUGAUGACAAAACUGCAGAUGCACCAAAGGUUGAAUCAAAUCAUAAAGAUACAGUUGAAGACACCAUCACGGAGGAUACCAAAGUAGUCAACAGUGAAUCAGAUUUGUGCAAACAAGGCCCGUCAACUCCAGUAGUACCGAACCAGGACUUACUUAUGAGCUCGCCAGAUACACCGAGUUUGGACAAGCCCAGCCCUGCUCGCAGAGGGGGCCGCAAAACUGCGCGGAAGUCAACUCGUGGGGGAAGGAGGAAAUGAUAACAGGGUUUGACUGUUUCAUCAUGUAUUGCUUGGAUGCUUUAAGUUUAGAAACAUGACUUUGAAGUUUGUAACAUGCGACACUUCACAUCCAAGUAGUGAAAAGUUUGCCACAUCUUACAGGAAACAAUUAGGCGACAUUUCGUGCUCUUUUUCGUUGGCUCACAUCUUUGAAAAAUGAUGUGGUCUCAGAAGAUGUUCAUAUUUUGCUCAGGCACUGUCAGAUAUUGAUCGAUUUAUUUAAAGAAAUAUAAAGAAUAAAUCUAUGUUUGUAAUAAUAUGCUAGCCAUAGUCCUUAUUAUAGCUGUAACAAGUUACCUGUAAGGCUGUAUAGUUUCUUGAGUUGGAUGUCAACAACUAGGAACAAUUUAAUUCCCUGCACAAAUGCUGAAAAAGGAUGAAAGUAUGAAGACGUUGGAUGAAGAAACGAAUGGAACAUGCUGAUCUACCAAGAUCAUACAGGACCAGUUGAGGACUGGAAAUGUCUUUUCCAUGGAAGAGAAUCCUGCUCAAGAACUUUGAAUCUUUAAUAGAUGCAGAAUCUGAUGUUUGUUCACCAGGUGUUUUACCUGGUCAAUACUUGUGCCUCCAUGGCAACAGAUUCUUAGGUUCCUUUGUGACCACAUCAUCUUAUGUACCAGUGGAUGGGGAUGUGCUAUGUUGAUGAUCACAAACUGUUUAUCAUUGACUUGAGUCCGGUGUGUUAAACAUCCUCACGGAUGGCAUGCUGUCUUUUUUUCACUCCUUUAAGCUUCUGGAGUCAACUUUCUGAUUCAGUUGAGCACACUUCACCUUCUCACACCCUUGCCUUUCUUCUACUUCCAUCUCUCUUUCCCUCCUUUAAAGCACUGGCCUUUCCUACUUUGACCAGAUUUGUGGAAUGCAAUGAUGAUGUUGAGAAGAACGCCCUUGUGUACGAUGUCUUAGGAGACAAAAUAGACCAAUAUAUUGCUGCCAUGUAGAGAGAAAAAGGCAUCGUCAGCCAUGAAUGCCAUCAACUGCUUUAUUAGGAAGAGUUUUGAGUAAGAGAAUCGGACUUGUGCUAGAACAAGAAUGAUGUUUCCAGAUGUACGUCAAUGCCAGUUGGAUGAAGAUGACUGAUGUUCGUUGUUAAUAUCUGACAUAAGAUAAGGAUGGCUGACUAAUGCAGAUGAUGGUCUGACAUAUAUCUGCUCAUGUAUGAUAUUCAUUUGCUUUGGUGAUUUUCUGAUUUUUUGUUGACGCUUUCAGAACUAUUUGUGUUUCUGAUUUCUGCUGAAGACCUGUGAUGUACAGUAAAGGUGGUGAACAGUUCACACAUUUCACAUUGUAGCUGUUACUAGUACAUAGCUACAAGAAGUCCUUAGUUUCUCUUGUUAUUAUUUCUUGUUCCUGAAACUGCUGUACGAAGAAGAAACCCACAGCUGCUUUGUGCAUGCUGUGCGUCACCGUUCAGUCUUUUGUUGGUUAACAGGAUGGCAUAGCUCCAGCUUUGUGGAUCGCACAGAUUUGUGGUGAAUAAAUAUGCUUCAUCAAG